CUUCAUAGUGAAGUCAAACCAAACCAAACCAGUAACAUGUACAACAGUGCAUGAAUCUGCUGCCAUGAAUAACACCACAGAAGUCACCCAGGGGAUGUUGUUUCAGUCACCUGUCAAAGCUUUGUUGUCUAUGCUGCCAUGUCUUCUCUUUCUGUAUAUAAAUGGCAUCAUGCUGUUUGUCUUGCUGAGGAAGCCUCUCAUCCUGGAGUCCCCUCGUUAUAUUCUGUUUGGUCAUUUGCUCCUCACCGACACUAUGCAGCUGCUGGUGACGAUGCUGCUGUACAUUUUUGCUGUGACCAUGGUCACAAUGAUCAGCUAUGUUUGUAUUUUUGUCACUCUACUUGCAGCCAUCACUGUUAAAAUGUCACCGCUCAACCUCGCUGUGAUGUCUGUAGAGAGGUAUGUUGCGAUAUGUUUCCCAUUGAGGCACGCUGAUAUUGCCACCACCAGGAAGACGGGGGUGGCCAUUGUUGUUAUGUGGACAGUGUCCUCAUUAGACUCGUUCACCCAGCUUUUCCUGUUUAUUAGUCUCGAGAACACGAGCUUCACUGUGCCAAGGACCUGCACCAGAAACAGCAUCUUGCAGCUACCAAUUUAUUCAAUUUUAAGCAAGGUCUUCACUAUUUUGUAUUUUGUUUUAGUGAGUUUGAUUAUCAUCUUUACAUACAUUGCAACCAUGAUCACUGUGAAGUCAUCCUCUUCUAAUGUCCAUAAUGCCAGCAAGGCCCAUAAGACUGUGCUAUUGCAUCUGCUUCAGUUAUGCCUGUGUCUCACCUCCACUCUGUUUAAUAUGAUCAACUCCAGUGGCAUGUGGAACGUAGAUCCUGCUUUGGCCAUUCAUAUUCAAUAUGCCCUCUUUGUAGGUCUUAUUGUUUUCCCUAAGUGUUUGAGCCCACUCAUUUACGGCCUCAGAGAUCAGACCUUCAGACGUGCCUUUAAAUACUAUUUUACCUUUGGCCUCAAAACCACUGUUAAACCAUUUCCUAAGCCUUGAUUUCUUCCUGUGAUUUACUUUAGUAAAUGAAGAGGUUUAUGAGAAAUCUGAUCAGAUUCAAGUCAGAAUUAAAAUGUCGUUCAAAUAUUUUUUUGUUCAGAUGAUUAAACAUACUGUAUAAUGAUUUUAGGUCAUGCUACACCCUGCACUAUAGAGCAAUUAUUUUCUCACAGAGCUGUAAAUAAGCUAGUAAGUAAGCUGAGAAUUACUAAAACCACUACUGUCUCCUCAAUAUGCAUUUUUGUGGUGAAGUGCAGCAUCUUUUCAAUCACUACUCCUCAUUUUGUAUACAAAAAUAUUGAAUAGAAGUGUGUUUCAUCCUUUUGGUGAUAUUAAUGUAAAAAUAAGACAUCAACCACGUGUGUACACAGUAAUAAAUAUUUCAUAAUUCACUGUAAGAAAUUAUGACGUUGUGUUAAAUAUGUUUCAUAAAAUUCUAAUUAACUCUGUGACUUGUACAUUUUAUGCUAAUCUCUUAAAAUAUUCAUGUUUAAAAGUAAAUCACCCUUUUAAAAUGAUUAAAUCAUGUAAUUAGACAUUAAUAUGAUGAGAUGUAUAAUUAACUCAAGGAUUGUCUGUUUCAAGCUAUGUUAUCUUUUAUGUGAGAGACAACAUAUUGAUACAUAAAUCCUAAUAUAAAACUUGCAUGAUGUACUUGAUGGUUGUGUUGUUUUGUUGUAUCAGUGAUGGUAAAUUAAAAGAAAAACUGUCAUAAGUUCCUUCAAAGUUGUGUCAUUAGAGGAAAAAAUAAGCAUCUUAUAAUGAACAUUUUGUAAUAAAAAGCUCAGAAAUCUUUAA